AUGACUGCAUGUGGGACAGCUGCUCUCGGUGUUCUGUUCCUGCUCACUGUGGCCCAGGCUCCACUGGGUGUGACAGCAGGGAAGAUCCUCGUCUGGCCAGUGGAAUUCAGCCACUGGCUCAACAUCAAAGUCAUCAUAGAUGAACUAAUAGUCAGAGGACACAGUGUGACUGUUGUUACCCACAGUGCUACACCUUCUGUAAAGACAACUGAGUCUCCGGGCUACAAUGUGGAGGUAAUACAGGUGCCUUACACUAAACAGGAUAUCAAUGAUGCCUUAGAGAAAUUUAUGAAGUAUUGGACAUAUGAUCUACCAAAUGACAACAUGAUACGAACUUCUCUGAAGAUAAAGGAGAUAAUGGAUAUGUUUGUGGAACAGAACCACAUACUGUGCAGGAAGCUCUUUGCAAAUGAAGGCCUUCUAGAAAAGUGGCGUAAGGAACAGUUUGAUGUUCUUCUGACAGACCCCAUGUCUACAUGUGGGGAACUGCUGGCACAGAAGCUGAACCUGCCAUUUAUCAUCAGUCUGAGGUUCUCAUUUGGCAGCAGUAUGGAGAGACUCUGUGGACAGCUACCAACACCACCCUCCUAUGUGCCAGGGGUCAGCCUUGGGUACUCAGAUCACAUGGGUUUCCUCCAGAGAGUGAAAAACAUUUUGUUUCAAUUCUCUCAAGAUGUGCUGUUUACUCUUGUGAGUGUAGUAAAGUGGGAUUAUCUCUUCACUGAAGUCAUGGGCAAACCCACAACCCUGUGUGAGACUAUAGGCAAGGCCGACAUCUGGCUGAUCAGAUCCUAUUGGGACUUUGAGUAUCCACGACCAUUCCUUCCAAACUUCAAAUUUGUGGGCGGAUUGCACUGCAAGCCUGCGAAGCCGCUACCUAAAGAGAUAGAGGCGUUUGUUCAGAGUUCAGGAGAUGAUGGCAUUGUGGUGUUUUCACUGGGCUCCAUGGUAAAGAACCUCACCAAAGAGAGAGCCAAUACCAUCGCUUCAGCACUUGGGCAGAUCCCUCAAAAGGUCUUGUGGAGAUAUACAGGAGAGAAGCCAGACACUCUCACUCCUAAUACAAGACUGUAUGAGUGGAUUCCCCAGAAUGAUUUGCUAGGACAUCCUAAAACCAAGGCCUUCAUCACCCAUGGGGGGACUAAUGGGCUGUAUGAAGCUAUUUACCAUGGAGUCCCAAUGGUGGGUUUACCACUGUUUGCUGAUCAGCCAGAUAACAUGAACCACAUGAGAACAAAGGGAGCAGCUGUAAUGCUUGACUUCAACAAAAUGGAGGCCAAAGACCUGAAGGAGGCUCUCACUGAUGUUAUGCACAAUUCAUUGUACAAAGAGAACAUAAUGAGACUCUCCCAGAUCCACCAUGAUCAACCUAUGAAGCCUCUGGACCAGGCUGUCUUCUGGAUCGAGUAUGUGAUGCGGAACAAGGGGGCCAAGCACCUGAGAGUAGAAGCCCAUAACCUCACCUGGUACCAGUACCACUGCUUGGACGUGGCUGCCUUUUUACUCUCCAUAACUGCACUGGUCAUGUUCAUCUUUGUGAAAACAUGCAGUUGGAUCUUCCGUAAAUGUUUAAGAAGAACCACAACAAAGAAGAAGAGAGAGUGA